UGCACUGUGUACGUCAGCUGUCAAAACGAAUCACAAAUUUUCACGGCUAUUUCCACGAUAUUAUUUAUUAUUACACUUUUGCGAGUGCUUGCGUUGCAUAUGUGGGCAUCGGUUCUGGUACUUAAAUGUGGCCUGCAGCUAGUGCAGUGAUUGUCCUUCGUCGCGGAGCAGCCAGUAGCCAGUAGUCAGUGUAGUUGGAUUCGCCACCAGCGGCAGCAGCAGUGACCAUGUCGUUCGUGGGCGGAGGCGGGGGCCAGGAUGGGCACAAGUUUGUGGAGGCGCUGCAGGCGGACUUCAAGACGCUCUCGCUGGAGACCAAGAAGAAGUACCCUCAGAUCAAGGAGGCGUGCGAGGAGGCAAUUUCCAAGCUCUGCUCUGCCGGCAGCAGCCAACAGAAUUCCGUUUACUACACCGUCAACCAGAUACUCUAUCCUCUGGUUCAGGGAUGUGAGACCAAGGAUCUGAAGAUCAUUAAGUUUUGCCUGGGCAUGAUGCAGCGACUCAUCACUCAGCAGGUUGUGGACCAGAAGGGCGCCCUGUACAUCACUAAUGCACUGUGGACGCUCAUGGAGAACAACAUUGAGGAGGUGAAGGUGCUGCAAACGGUGACUUUGCUGCUGACUACCAAUACGGUGGUGCAUGGCGACACCUUGGCAAAGGCCUUGGUUUUGUGCUUCCGCUUGCAUUACACAAAGAAUCCCACUAUUGUCAAUACCGCGGGGGCCACCAUCCGCCAGCUGGUGUCGCUGGUUUUCGAGCGUGUCUACUUGGAGAAGGACUCUGUGCAGAGUCUUCAGCAGCAGCCGACGAGUGCCUCGCCAGCGGAGGCGGCCGAGGGCGGCGUGGGUCAGGAUGUGCAGACCUUUGCCUCAGAUGCAUUCCUGCUGUUCCAGGAUCUAGUGCAGCUGGUGAACGCCGAGCAGCCGUACUGGCUGGUGGGCAUGACCGAGAUGACGCGAACCUUUGGCUUGGAGCUGCUGGAGGCCGUGCUCACCAACUUCAGUGCCGUGUUCCAUGAGAGCAACGACUUCCGUUUGCUGCUCAAGGAGCGGGUCUGUGCCUUGGUCAUUAAGCUCUUCUCACCGAACGUGAAGCACCGCCAGCUACCGGCGGCUCCCAGCAGUGGCAAUGCCCCCGUUCCGGCCGAGAAGCCCUAUUUCCCGAUUAGCAUGCGACUGCUACGCCUAGUGGCCAUUCUCAUACAGAAGUACCACACUAUCCUGGUGACCGAGUGCGAGAUAUUCCUGUCGCUGAUCAUCAAGUUCUUGGAUCCGGAUAAGCCCGCCUGGCAACGGGCUCUGGCUCUGGAGGUCAUCCAUAAGCUGGUGACGCGCUCCUCCCUGAUUGCCUUUUUCUGCAAGUCGUACGACCUGAAGAACCAUGCCACCAACAUUGUCCACGACAUGAUAGCCGCCAUGGGUAGCUAUGUGCGGUACUCCCUGAUCAAUGCCUCGGCCAUGCUGAACGGCCAGCAGAACGGGAUGGGUAGUACGCUAUCGGCUUUGUCGGGCAACAAUCAGUGCGGCUUCAUGUUCCGCGGGGCCUACCUUCCGCUGGUGGCCACCUUUGCGCCCGGCAUAUCGAAGGCAGUUUAUUUGGAGAUGCUGGACAAGCUGGAUGCUCCGAACAUACCCGACAGCUAUGGCAUCUCCGUUGGCCAUGCCAUACUCCUGGACAUGACCAGGUCCAUUGGCGGCGUCAUACAGCGCACGCCCGAGUUGCAUCCUAGCCACAACAUGGCCGUGAUCACCGAGGAGGAGCACAAACCACUGUGCCUGCAGCUGGUCAACUCCAGCUGGUCGGGUCUCCUCAGCGCCUUUAUCCCCCUGGUAGAGACGUCUAUUGAUGAGGCAACCACCGAGAAUAUCCUCAAGGCCAUGCAGAACUAUGCUGCUCUCUGCGGCAUGCUGGAGCAGCUGCAGCCGCGCGAUGCCUUCAUCAUGGCCAUGUGCCGGGCUUCCUUUCCGCCGCACUAUGCCAUGUCCAUAUUCGCCAACACCGCCACCCAGGCGGACGGGGAACUGAGAUGCCACACCCGCAGUGGCAGCCAGGACCUGAGCAGUCAGUUCAUCAACAAUUGCAGUGGGGAUAACGGCGACUUCCGGCCCCAAAUCGUGGCUGUGGGCACACCGCUGCCCUCCGCCUCGCUGCCGCACAGCGUGAUGCAGGCGCCGGUGAUGCUGACCAAUAAGAAUCUGCAGUGCAUGCGGGCCAUUCUCUUCUUGGCGCACAACAAUGGUGGCAUACUGGGCACCUCGUGGCACAUUGUCCUGCAGACGCUACAGCAUCUGGUGUGGAUCCUGGGUUUGAAGCCCUCCACCGGCGGCAGUCUCCAGGCCAUGCCCAAGCCAGCAGUGGAGGCGAAUGUGGGCAUACAGACGGCCGUGAUGGCCGAUCUUCCGGUGCUGUCACAAAUGCUGAGUCAGCUCUUUGAGUCCAGCCAGCACCUGGACGACGUGGCGCUGCAUCAUCUGAUCGACGCCCUGUGCAAACUCUCGCACGAGGCCAUGGAACUGGCCUAUGCCAAUCGGGAGCCAUCCCUAUUUGCGGUGGCCAAGCUGCUGGAGACGGGCCUGGUGAAUAUGCCGCGCAUCAAGGUGCUGUGGCGGCCGCUGACCAACCAUCUGCUGGAGGUGUGUCAGCACCGGCACAUACGGAUGCGAGAGUGGGGCGUGGAGGCCAUUACCUACUUGGUCAAGUCGGCACUGCAGUUCAAGCACAAGACGCCGCUCAAGGAGAACAUGGAACUCCAAACCAUGCUGCUGAGUCCCUUGUCCGAGUUGUCCACUGUCCUGCAUGCAGAUGUACGCCAACGGCAGCUGGACUGCGUCCUUCAGAUUCUGAACACCGCCGGUGAGAUCCUCUCCUUUGGCUGGCCGGCCAUCAUCGAGAUCAUUGGCGCUGUCAACGAGCACCAUGGCGAGCCUUUGGUACGCACGGCUUUCCAGUGCCUGCAACUGGUCAUCACCGACUUUCUCACCGUAAUGCCCUGGCGCUGCCUGCCCCUGUGCAUCAGCACGGCGGCCAAGUUCGGGUCCCAGACCCAAGAGCUAAACAUCUCACUAACGGCCAUUGGCCUAAUGUGGAACAUUUCAGAUUUCUUCAAUCAGAACCAAGACAAGCUCAUGUCCACGCAGCUCCAGGACGUGUCCAUUCUGCCCGAUUUCCCGGGCACUGUAAAAAUGCCUCAAUUCGAUAAGUUGUGGAUGUGCCUGUACGCCAAGCUGGGCGAGCUGUGUGUGGAUCUGCGUCCGGCUGUCCGUAAAUCAGCCGGCCAGACGCUCUUCUCCACCAUCUCGGCCCACGGCAGCCUGCUGAAUCCGCCCACAUGGCAGGCGCUGGUCUGGCAGGUGCUCUUCCCGCUGCUGGACAACGUGCGCGCUCUAAGCAGCUCGGCCAGCAACGAGAAGGUUGAUGCCAGCGGCAACAUCCUCAUCCAUCACUCUCGCAACACCGCCCAGAAGCAAUGGGCGGAAACACAGGUGCUGACCCUAUCGGGUGUGUGUCGGGUGUUUAACACCAAGCGGGAGCUGCUCCAGCAGCUGGGCGACUUUGAGCGGGCCUGGUCCCUGAUCCUUGAGUUUAUCCAGAAUGCGGCGCUAAGCAAAAAUGGCGAGGUAUCGCUGGCCGCCCUCAAGUCCCUGCAGGAGAUCAUGUAUUACAAUUCCACGGAGCGAACGGAGCGAUCUCUCAAGGAUCCACAGACGGCUCAGGAGCAGGACGAGGAGAUCUGGACUAUUGCCUGGAACAUUUGGCUGAGCAUUGGCAUGGAGAGCACCAAGAUGUCCACCUCGGCCACAACGAAGCUGCAGCAGCAGAACAGCGGUGGCGCCGACAGCCAAGACGACUUUUACAUUCCCAGUCAGGCCUUCCUUACGGCCCUGAUCCAAAUCUUUCCCGCCAUUUUCCAGCACAUCCAAGUCAAAUUUAGCUCCGCUGACUUUGACAAAUUCUGCACGGUGCUGACCAAUGCGGUGUGCAUUCCCGUCCAAACCGAUGCGGUGCCCUACAUCAUGUCCACCGUUUCGGACACGCUGCUUACGCCCCUCCACGAUGGCAUUCUCGACUGCAUGGAGCUUAUACAGAAGGAGGCCACCAAGAACGACUCGCACAUACGCCAGCUCAUUCCCGCCAUUUUCCGCCAGCUGCUGAUCUUCAGCAAGUUUGCCUGCGCCCCGCCCACCUUCCAGCAGAGUGUUGAGCACAAGUACGCCAAGUCAUCGGCGGGUCACUAUUCCAACAAUGCCUCUGUGGAGGUGGUCAGCAUGAACUACAUCCCCUUCGGCGAGAAGUCCAUCAGUAUUUGUGUGAAGCUGUACCAGACAACGGCCACCGAGGAGCCGGUGGUGCAGGAGCAGAUCCUGCACGACAUUGUAAAGGCGCUGCGAACUCCGCUGGCUAUGAAGUACAAGUGUUUGGCGUCCAGCACUUGGAAGCUGGCCAUCUCCAGUUUGAUAAGCAUCCUGCACACAGGCCUGAAAGUGGCGCGAGCCAAGCCCCAGCAUUUUGUCAGCCUUUGGGAUGAUCUGGCAGACACUCUGGAUAAGUUCCUGUUUCCAGCCAGCGUCUGCACAGUGGAGGAUCGCGGCCUGGAGGAGAUCGUGCUCGAUGAGACGAUCGACUGUCAGGUCAUAGAGCUGCUGAGGGACGAGGUGCUGCCUCAUGCCCACGAGAUGCCGCACCAGUUUAUCAUGCAAAUUGUGGUGCUCUUGAAUAAAGGAUCCAUUCACUCCGCCUCGGACACGAACAUCUGCUACGAGUCCGACUGGAAGCUGCGCGAGAUCUUUGCCAAGACGUGCUUUGAGACCCUGCUGCAGUUUUCACUGCUGGAGGAUCAUGCCAACGCCAACAACAACCGACUGAAUGCCAAUCUCUUGCCAGUAGGAGCAACGGGCGGCAAGGACUUUGCCGGGCGGCUGGCGGUUACCGCUCUGCUUCACCGUUUCCAGGAGGUGCUCAAGCGCUUCAACGACGAUGAGCGGCAAAGCGGCAAGUGUCCCUUGCCAAGAUUUCGGCUGUCGGAGAUAUCCUUUGUGCUCAAAGCCAUUGCCACGCUGGUGGUGUCCAUGAAAAAAGCUCCGGCCUCAAAGGUAAACAAGCCCGCCUGGGAUCAGCUUAUUGGCCUCUAUCCAUACCUGGUGGACUGCACCACCACAACGUCGCCGGAGGUGUCACGAUCGCUGCGCGAGGCCUUGCUCCAAUACACCGAUCUGUUGCAGGCACCGCGCAACUGCGGAGGAACCACUGAUGCCGCCUCCAACGACAAUGCAAUUCAAUCGAAUGGCCAAGAGCCGUGAACGCAAAGAGAUGCGGUGAUGUUUUUUCUUAGGACUUUUAAGUGCGAAUAUAUAUAUAUUUAUUUUGUGCAUAAUUUAUGAAUGUUAAUCUUAGCCCUUCCCUCGCAUGGAUGUAAUGACCAAGCAUCUAUGUACUUACACAAACACACACUUAUAUAUACAUACAUAUAUAUAUAUUUGUAAACGUAUUUUGUAGUUGAGCUAUGAAAUGCAUAUGUAGGAGGCUUAACAAGCAAGAUAUUUCCUCAUAAACCCCUUGGCACAGCGUGCAGCUAUGACAGCAGAUUCCUUUAGUACCUUUUUUCAAGAAGCCAAGACAAAGAACUAGAAGAAACCCAACUACGAUAUCUAUUUGUGUAGCGCAUUUUUAAGUGCAGACUUGCGUGUUAUCUGAAAUCAAAUAUUAACCAUUAACCAUAUGAUGCAACCAACUUUGUAGUGACGUUUUUAAAUAAAGCAAAAAAUUAUUAUUACCAAAA